AUGGCGUAAACGCCUGUCAGCCAGACAGAGCAUCCUCACUACAGCAGGACAGCUGGGGGUCUCCACUCGGCUUUAAGAGCCCUGCAAGACCAAGGACGCCCACUUCUUCAAACCCACCGCGAUUGACGUGGACCAGGUGAAAUACCAAACGGAGACGCGAGAGGAUUAAAAACACAAUUUUCUGCCCUAUUUUUCAAUUUUUUUCCCUCAUCGGUGCCCCGAUCGUCCGGCCGCAGCAUGAUGUCCUAUUUGAAGCAGCCGCCCUACACGGUGAACGGACUGAGCUUAUCUACCUCAGGAGUGGACCUGCUGCAUCCUUCAGUGGGAUAUCAAGGUAGUAAACCCCACGGUGCAACUAUUUUCGUUAGAAGAAACUACUUUGCAACACCUCGCAAACAGAGGAGAGAGAGGACGACCUUCACCCGGGCCCAGCUCGACUUGCUGGAGAAUCUGUUCGGCAAGACUCGAUAUCCUGACAUCUUCAUGAGAGAGGAGGUGGCCUUAAAGAUCAACCUGCCUGAAUCCAGAGUGCAGGUAUGGUUCAAAAACAGACGAGCCAAACAUCGCCAGCAGGCCCAGCAAACCCAAAGUGGAGUGCAGAGCAAAGCUGUCAGCAAGCCGGUGAAAAAGAAAGGCUCUCCAGUCAGAGAAGCCAGCUCAGAGAGCGGAGCCAGCGGGCAGUUCACGCCGCCCUCGAGCGCCUCACUCCCGGCUGUGAGCAGCAGCGCUGCGCCGGUGUCUAUCUGGAGCCCGGCCUCCAUCUCCCCGCUCUCCGACCCGCUGUCUACCUCCUCCUCCUGCAUGCAGCGCUCUUACCCCAUGACCUACACCCAGGCGUCGGGCUACAACCAGGGCUACACGGGCUCUUCGUCCUACUUCACCGGGAUGGACUGCGGCUCCUACCUUUCGCCUAUGCACCACCAGCUAUCCGCCGCGGGCUCCGCCAUGAGCCCCAUGGGCACCAACGGGGUAUCCAGCCACCUGAGCCCCGCGUCAUCCCUCUCCUCGUCGGCCUACGGGGCGGCAGGGCUGGGCUUCAGCGGCGCUGCAGACUGCCUGGACUAUAAGGACCAAACAGCUUCCUCAUGGAAGCUCAAUUUCAACGCGGAUUGUUUGGAUUACAAAGACCAAGCAGCGUGGAAAUUUCAAGUGUUGUGAAAGGAGAAAAUUAACAGGACAAUUUUCCACAGACUGCAGACUAGGCUACAGGCAAAUAAAGCCCAAGGUUGGGAGCAGCAAGUGCAGCGUUUUUACACCACUAGGCCCCAACUUCAGAGCAGGACUGCCAGCCGGCUGUCUCACUUGUUGGGUUAACUUAUUGAACAUUCAGACUGACUUCUCCCCAACUUUGAUCAAGGACACGGAACAAAUUUGCUGACCAAAAGGAAAAAAAAGGAUCAAGAGAGCGAAAGAUCCAAGCUUAACUUGGUUGAGUUUGAGGAAUAGGUCAGGUUUUCUUAUAAGCUCCUUAAAGACUCCCCUCUCUUGUCUUUUUUUUUUUUUAUAUAAUUUUGUUGGCACGCGGAAGGGCCCCUUUGAUCAAAGCGUUGUGCAUGAAUGUGUGUGUGUGCAUGUGUGCGUUAUAGAAAGUGUGUGAGAGCAGCUCUGACAUGAACUGGAUGCACUACUUAAUUUAUGAGAAAUAUGUUCUAAGUCUAGUUAUAAGAGACAAUCAGCCCGUUUG